AUGGCAACAUCUACUCCCAACCCCGCUCCUCCUGCUUCAGACCCGUCGGUUUAUCAGCCCCACUAUGAUGCCUUUGCGGCUCAGGGACAGCCGGACUCCGCCGCUGCAUGGAUCGAGCGAGCGGAGAAGGUUGCUGAAAUUCUCGAGCAAGAUCGCGCUGCGCGAAACAAGGAGCAGAAGACCCCGCAGGCGGAGGUUGAGCUCCUGAAGCGUGCUGGCCUGACCAAAGUCCUGGGCAAUGUCAAGUACGGCGGCGGUGGACAGAGCUGGGAGGUUGGAUACAGGGUAAUCCGAGAAGUUGCUGCAGGCGAUGGAUCACUUGGCAUGUUGCUUGGAUACCACCUCCUGUGGUCGAUUACGGCACGCAUCGUCGGUACCAAGGAGCAGCAGGAGCGUACAGAGAAGCUCAUCAUUGAGAACAAUUACUUUGUCGGUGGCGCCGUCAACCCUCGGGACAACGACAGUCGCGUCAGCCCGGCACCUACAGGCGAUGGUCUUGUAUUCAAUGGCUUUAAGAACUUCAACACGGGUGGCGUAAUCUCCGACCUCACCGUGUUGGAGGGUGUGUACGAAGGCACUGAGGGCCAUAUCUUUGCGCUUGUCCCUACCAAGCAACCGGGGAUUAUCUUCUCUCACAACUGGAACAACAUCGGGCUUCGUCUGACCGAAUCCGGUUCUGUGAAAAUCGAAAACGUGCCAAUCCCGUGGGAAGAUGCCCUGGGAUGGUCAAAGGAGACCAAGGCGCCUAUUCCAGAGACACUGCAGACACCAUGGGCAACGCUCCUCUUGCCCAGCAUCCAGCUUGUCUUCUCCAAUUUCUACAUUGGCAUUGCCCAUGGCGCACUUCGCACCGCACGUCAUUACACCAAGACCCAGACGCGCCCGUGGCCAUUCGCUCUGCAUCCCCAGCCUAGUGCCACCGAUGAGCAUUAUGUCUUGGCUCGCUACGGCAAGUUCUUCGCGUCGCUGCGUGCCGCCGACUCGCUGGCAGACCGGGCCGCCAAGGAGCUGGCCGAUCUGUACCGAAAUCAUGGAGAAAAACGCGAUAUCACCGCCCGAUACCGUGGAGAGGUAGCCGAAUGGGUGGCCAGUGUCAAGGUCACAGCAACGCAUUCUGCAUUGGAGGUGACCGCCGGUGUGUUCGAAGUCACCGGCGCGAGAUCCACGGCGGAGAAGUACGGGCUCGACCAGUACUGGAAGGAUGUGCGCACCCACACCUUGCAUGAUCCUGUGUCUUACAAGGAGUCGGAACUGGGGCGGUUCUUCUUGCUCGACGAGACCCCGACCCCGAGUUGGUAUACUUGA